UAAUUCUACAGUCAUAUUUAAAUGAAAUUAUUUAUUUGUCCUGUGCUUUUACACAAAAAGCCCGGGGUUUCUUUUUCUUUUUCUGUCAGAGGGAUUAAACUCGCCUUUUCUGGAAAACGAGUACAGAGGUAAAGAACGCCAUGUUGACACGACAACGCCAACUGGGAGGCCAAAUAGCACCUGGGAUAUAACGUUAUUCCCUUUAAUUUUUAUUACCGUUAUCACACUCAACGGUCAAUCAACGGUCAGUCGACUCAAGACCAACUUGUCUGAAGGAAAAAAAAGACCAGGUCGAAAACAGCUGAUCAAUCAUACUUUCACCGCCAUUCUAGCAAAGUCAACGGUUAUAAAGCAACGGUUAAUUAACGUGCCCAGUUUAUUUUAUUUUUUAAAUUUAAAAAAAAAAAGAACAGUUAACUAAUUUACGUUAAUUAAAUUAAUUGUGUGGGUGUGAUUAAAAUACUGUUAAUGCCGCAAACAAUCCAAACAGUCGUCUUUUUCCCCCUCCGUUGACGGUUGGGCCUACUUUCUGAAGCUAACUUAGCAACAUUAGCUUGUUGGCUAACUGAAAGCCGUUGGCAAGCGGUAGAGAGGCUAAGCUAAUGCUAAUUUGCUACUUCCAUUUGACGUUUCCUCUCGUUGUCUCGUCGAAUUAAAUCUAGCGGUAACUGAGAUUGUCAGACGAGCUCGGUUAAUGUUUUUCGAUUAGUGUUAACUAUUAAAUUAUCUUAUAAUCCGCUCAUAUAUACUCGUUCAGCUGGUGUAAAACGUGCUGCCAAGUAGCUCUACGCACUUAAAAAAUGUCCUUGAGUCGUCGUCUUUCUACCUAAAUGAGGCUCGUAAAAAAGCUUAUUUUAGCUCCCAAACACCCUUAAAUUAUUGUAGUGUUCUCCUCACGUUUUGAGUGUUAACUAAUAUUUAAAACAUUGAUUUUUUUUAAUGUUAUCGACUAAUCUGUUUCUUGCAGUAGCUAGCUUGCGUUUGUGCUUCCUGUUUUUGUCAUGGAUAUUUGUCUAACAUAUCACUUUUAUUCACAGUCGUGCCCACACUGACUCGUCCCAAACAUCCACAAAAGUCCCCCCAAAAAAAGAAAUGUGUAAAACGUCUGCAAAGCAUCCCAGAAGUGUUUCAAGUCAAACACAAAGUUCCCUUUUUCCACAGUCCCCAGUUGGCAAAUUUUGCUCUAUGUUACCCAGUUGGCCCCACUUCCAAAUCUCACAGACCCCACUAGUGUCCCUAAAAAGGUCAGGGAAAAACAGUUUUCAAUGGUUUUGAGUGCAAAAUGUGAAGAAAACCUGUCACAGUCUGCUAAGCCUACGUUUGUGUCAGUAGACUUGAAUUACAGGACCUCUUACACUGUCCGUGACCUGCCGGAGGAGGGAGAGCUGGAGGAGGGCGAGUUGGAAGAUGAUGGGGGAGAGUUGGAGGAGGAGGAGGUGGGUGGAGGUACGUCUGCAGCAGUAGGAGCCAGAGAUGCGGGCGAGGAAGCGGGCGGAGGAGGUGAAGCGGGAGGGGAAGGGGCCGCGGAGAGGCCUCAGCGAAGUAAGGAGCGCCACGCCAGCAGCAAUUCGGACGAUGAGAGGUCCCACCGUCGCAAGAGGAAGAGGAAGAAAGAGAAGGAGCGAGAAAGGGAGAAGAGGAGGGCCAAGAAGAAACGCAAAUCCAAACACAAACGUCAUGCGUCCUCUGAUGACGACCACUCAGAAUUCAGUGACGACUCUGACUACAGUCCCAGUGAGAAGAGGAAGUACAGAGAGUACAGUCCACAGUACCCGCCUCCUACUCACGGGGGCUACGGGGGCUCAAAGAAAGGCAGCUACAUGAAGAUGGAGAAGCAGAGCUACGGAGGCUACGAUGAGUAUGAAGAAGACAACUUUGAGGGAGAGGAGGAGGAGGAUAUGGUGGAAGAAGACUACGACGACUUUACCAAAGAGCUCAACCAGUACCGCAAGGCCAAGGAGGGAGGAGGUGGCCGCGGCGGACGAGGGGGCAGAGGUCGUAUGAAGAACCAGAGAGGUCGUGGAGGAAUGAGGGGAGGGAGGAGGGGAAGAGGCGGAAGCAGAGGAAGAGGAGGUGGAGGUCGGGGUGGAGGAGUAAAGAUGGGAGGGGACAACGACGAUGGAGACGGCUAUGGAGAUGAGAUGGAGGGAAGUAAGCCUCAAGAAGUCACUCAGGUGAAAUCUUACUUACAGUAUGGAGAGGAUGACUAUGACAACAUCGGCGAUGAUGAAUACGAUGACUAUUCAAAAGAACUCAAUCAGUACAAGAAGUCCAAAGACAGAGGCAGAGGAGGUAAAGGUGGCCGCGGACGAGGGCGGGGUAAAGGAGGGCGUGGUAUGAUCAGAGGAGGAAGGGGUCGAAACCGCGGGAGAGGAAGAGGUGACAUGGGGAUGGAUGAUGACAACAAUGGAGACAUGGACAACGGGGACGGAGGUGGAGGGUGCGAUGGACCAGGAGUCGGCAGGAGGAAUCAGAAUGAGAAGCAUCAGGAUAAGAAAGGAAAGGCCAUCUGCAAGUACUACAUCGAGGGGAGAUGCACCUGGGGGGACCACUGCAACUUCAGCCACGACAUCGAGCUGCCCAAGAAGAAGGAACUGUGCAAGUUCUACAUCACUGGAUUUUGCGCCCGAGCCGACCACUGUCCUUACAUGCAUGGUGAAUUUCCCUGUAAGCUGUUCCACACCACAGGGAACUGUGUCAAUGGCGACGAGUGCAUGUUCUCCCAUGAAGCCCUUAAUGAUGACACCCAGGAGCUGCUCAACAAGAUGCUGGCAGAGGAUGCAGAGGCCGGAGCUGAGGAUGAGAAGGAGGUGGAGGAGCUGAAGAAGCAGGGGAUCAACCCUCUCCCCAAACCCCCUCCUGGAGUCGGCCUCCUCCCCACCCCUCCUCGGCCUGUUCCUAUAGACCCCAACACCGGGCCUGGGGAUUUUGGCGGGCCUGUGCCGGGUGACUUUGGGGGUAUUCCUGGACCUAACCAGGGGCCCAUGCCUAACAAAGAUCCCCCAGGACCAGGGCCUGUUCCUGGGCCUAACCCCUAUGCUGGCCCCCCUGUCCAUUGCCCAGAAGGAGGUCCGUUCCAAGGCGGGCCCCCAAAUCCCAAUUGCCCUCCUCCACACAUGGGCCCCCCACCUCCCUGUGGUGGAGGGGGAGGUGGUGGGGGGAAGAAAAUCCCCUCAUUGUUUGAGAUUAAAGUUCAGCCGACAGGACAGCUGGCUCAGAAACUGGCCGUCAGGAGCCAGACUCCCAGUGGCAACCAGGGGCAGACUGCACCACCUGGACCCCAAGGGGCCCCUGGUGGCCCUCCCCCUCGCUUCCCUCCUCCCCCAGGCAUGAUGUCCCCUGACAUGCAGAACAUGGGACCCAACCUUGGGAUGAACCAGGGGCCCCCGAACAUGGGUCCCGGUGGACCGCCCAUGAUGGGAGGAUUUGGCGAUGGCCCACAUGGAGGUGCGAUGCCUCCAGGUCCUCCUCCGGGUGGAGGAAACUUCUUUAAUAACUUCUUCAAUCAGCAGGAUGGAAUGAAGAUGGAGGGAGUGAUGGAAGAAGGUGACAGUUACCAGGGUUUUUCCGGUAUGGACGAGAGAGGAGGGGCAGGGAAAUUUGGUCAGUCAGGUGGCCAAGAAGGCUCUGCUAAUGGAGCGUCGGCCAAUCAGGGAGGGAUUUCUGUGCCUGACUUCCUGCCUCCGGCGCAGCGCGUCCUGUUCAUGAGGAUCCAACAGAAGCAGCAGGAAGAAGAGGAAAGAGCUCGCAGGAUGGCCGAGGGAGGAGCCGAGAAGAGUAGAGACACUGAAGGUGACUCAGGGAACUGGUACUCCAGUGAGGAUGAGGAUGGCGGUGGCAGCGUGACCUCGAUCUUGAAGACGCUCCGUCAGCAGACCCAGGCCCCUCAAAAAUCUGACGGCCCCCCGAUCGACCCUCGCCUCCUGAAGGCCCCUCCUGCCAACACUCCGGCUCGGCCAGCAGACCCCCGCUUGGCUCGGGACCCACGCCUGGCACGUGCUUCAGACUCGGCCGACUCCGCCCACUCCAUGCCCCCAUCUUCUGGACCUCCUGCAGACCCCAGGUUAGCCCGGCUAACGGCUGCUGCCUCCGCUGGAUCCAGCUCCCUCUCGCCUCCUGCUCCUAAAGCAGAGCCUCCUCUGGUCUACAAGCCGCCGCCGCUUACAACCCCAGCAGCGGACGAGGAGGAGACAGAGCGAGUUCUACGGGACAAGCCGGUACCAAUUCCCCUGGACCCGCUCAUGGGUAUGGCUCUGAGAGAUCCACGCUCACAGCUGCAACAGUUCAGCCACAUCAAGAAGGAUAUUCUUCUCCACAUGCCGGCCUUCUCCAAAACCAUCACCUGGUCGCCUGAAGAUCUCCUCCCUCUCCCUCUCCCCAAGCAGGACCUCCUUCCUCUCCCACCAGGCAUCCCUCCUGUAUCCUCCAUAGACCCGCGUCUGUCCCGCACUCAGCCGCCCCUCCACACACCGCUCCCUCACUCACAGCCUCCCCCCGUACAGCCUCCUCCCUCCAUGGACCCCCCGGCUCCCUCUUCUUCCACUUCUUCCCUCCCAGACUUUGAGCUGCUUUCUCGUAUCCUGAAGACUGUCAACUCCAGCCCGUCCCAGACUCCCUCCCCUCCUCUCUUACCUACUCCUGUUCCCCCUGUGUCGCUGCUGGGUCCACCUCCCCCGGUGCCUCCCGCACCUGUAGAAAAGCCUGUUGACCCCCGUGUGGCCCGUAAACUCCCUACAGACCCCCGUCUUCAGCCUCAAAAGUCAGCACUGAAGCAACCAUCAGAUCCCACUCCUCCUCCUGUCGCCUCUACCUCUCCAGCAACGACAUCUAGCUCCUCCCCCACUACCAUCGCCCCCUAUGACCCGAGGCUGCUCUCCUCAGGUGGAGCGGGCCGCGGUGUGGGAGCUGCGGCACCAGGGGGAGCCAGUGUGCUGAGCAGCAUCAGUCUAUAUGACCCUCGGACUAACAAACCAGCCAGCCCUGGUACCAGCAGUGGCUCUAACAAUUCCCCCAACUCAGCCAGCACAGAGUCCAAACCCAGUGAAGCGGUACCCACGACGGGUAAACCCAAGUCCAAGGAACCCCUGUUUGUUCGUAAGUCUGCGUUGGACCAACCAGAACCAGAGAAAAGUGUCGAGCAAGGGACCGAUAGAUACAACAGCUAUAACAGGCCUCGGCCCAAACCUGCGCCCUCACCGAACUCCACAGCUCAGGGAGGACCGGCUGCAGCCGGGUCAGCCGGCGCCGGGGGUCAGGGGGCUCCUGGAGCUGCUGCGGAUCAGGGACCAGCCGGUGUCCACAACCUACCGGUGUCCACUCUGUUCGGCGUGGUGAAGCAGGCGGCCAAGCCCGGUGGGACGAGUAGUCCGUUUGGAGGUAACAGCCCGGUGCAGUCGGAACAGGCGACCGCGGAGGACAACGGCUCGCUGAAGGAGGUUUUCAAAGGCUUUGACCCGACAGCCUCCCCCUUCUGCCAGUGACCCCCCCUCCACCACCAGUAACAGGCCGUUGGCUUGUUUUAACAUUUUUGGACACAGAUGAGUGAAAAUGAGAAAGAAGCGCACUGAGGCAACUUGCCUGUAAGACUGUUUAAGAAGACAAACUUUUGUGAACAAACUGAUGUCUCACAACAUGUUUCAUGUCCACACACACACACACAGAGAGAGUGCUGCAGAUUCAGAUUCUAUAAAAGACUUUGGGUUAUGGGAAGGGUUUAAAGUUAAAUCUCUAAAGCUCUAUUUUAAACAGACUUAUUGAUGUAUAAAUAAAUGUAUUCUCUUCAUCUCAAUGCUUAACGAAAACAGUUAUUCUGACAGCAGCAAAAAACAUUUAUAUGGAAUGAACAUUUUAGCUUCACAUCUUAUUUCAUUACCUUCAUUCUUUUCAGUUCCUCUGCUCAAUUAUUUUGUACAUUUUCUCCUCAUCUUUGAACAGUUUGAUUUGCCUCUCUGUAUUUUUGGGGCAGUCACAGUUGACUAUGCUCCUGGCAACAGAUGAAAUGAUACAUCUCAAUUUUUUUUCCCAACAAGAAAUUGCUUAUUUGUGGUUUUUUUUGUGAAUAAGUGAACAGCACUGAGGCAACUCCUUUAACAUUGUUGCCCAUCAGAAACAGAUCAUCCUCUAUAUCACUGCCUUUGCAUUUACUGUCGUCUUCAUCCCCCGUGCAAGCUGUUCAGUUAUGUCGAACAAUAGCAUACAUUUUGUCAUUAUCACUCACUAUGUCAGUUUCUGCAGGAACAGUUGCAAAUACCUAAACUUAAAUCUAUAUUCUGCUUUUUUUUUUUUAGUAUUUAUUUUUCUACUUCUUUGCACUGUCAGUUUGUGUCCUCUGAGGGCUGUAUUAAUGUUUUUAAUGUCUGUAGCUCCUCCAGCUGUUCAUAUACUGUUUAAUUUCAGGUAUUUAGCUCUUACCCAAAACAGGUAACUUUGCUGGUACAGGAAGGGACCUGUGACCUUUCAGUCCCGCCUCACUAACCACUACGCCACUGUUGUCCCCCCCCAACCCUCAUUUACUUACAGUUUUCACAAGUUUUCACGUAAACAUUUUGUUGUAUCGGUUUGUGAAAAUGGAGAGCCUCAAGUUCACAAAUGACAGCUUCUGUAGCUUUAAGGUAGAAGAGAUGGAAAAUAGACCUCGCUGGUCGGACUGAUGACAAACACAUCCCUCUCUGGCAGAUUUUAGCCACAGCAUCAAUAGGGAACAUUAAAAAAGUUUGUUCUUUUCUCUGCUGAACAGGUGAUUUCAAAGUCGGCCUUGGUUGGUUAACACUUCUUACCUUUUGUUCCCCCACCUUGAUCAGAAUAAAAGACUUUGAUUCACUGACUCAGAAUUCACCAUUUAGCCUUUAGCUUUUAGUUAUUUUGUUUUAUUAAAUGUUUAGUUGAGAAUGGAAAGAAACCUUACAGGACAGGACUGCAGAUUUCUACGAGUGGUUGGUGAAAUGGAAUAAUUUGCAGCCUUACAGCAGCGUUUUGGCGUCAGUGGCUGGUGACAGUGUGACAAUCAUAAAGUAGACUUGGACCUAAAAUUAAAUUAAUGCAUGAAUCUUGCAUUGAUCUGUGCGGGUGCUCCCUCUACUGUCAGCCUGAGCUCUGUAUAAAGAGGACCAUGGCAUCCAGAUUUCAGAUCUUAACAUGAUCUGUGUUUAAAAAACAAACAAAAAAUAAAAAUCAGUACAGACUGAACGUGGUUUUCUCUCUCAGGCUUGCAGCAAAAAGAAAGUGCACACUUCAUGGUGGAAAUGUUGAUUUGAGAGGGAUUCACAGUUUAAAAUGUUUAAAUAUUUCCUCCAGAACACACCCUUCCUAGUUUCUACACCUUACAAUAAACAGUUGAAGUCAGAAGUCAGUGCAGAAUCUGAAUCAGGGUGAGGAUAAGCGAGUUGUUCCCGUUUUUGCCUGGAAAGCCAGUGAUUCAUUGCCAGGCUUGUUUGAAAACCUUUAAACAUGGGAUCACUGUAGUGGAGCUUAUAGAAGUCUUUUGAGUUCCAGAAGGUUAAGAUUGUACAACAGCUGUCAAGAUUGUUGACCGUCUUGUGUAUAAAUGUUGAUCAUUUUAAUUUAUUUUUUUAUACUUGGGUAAAUAUACUUCCUCACUUGACAUUUUUGAACUGAAUCAUUUUAUAUGUCAGGAAUAUGUGAUUACCACUCACCUCAGUGGGACGUGUAGACAGCCUGUGACAGUGUGAAGAGAGGGGAAAGACAUAUUUUUUUAUUUGGUUUCGUGUAUGAAGAUUCAAACUAACAAAAAUUCACUAAGGCUCCCUCCUGCCAGGUCAUAAAAAAAAGCCUGUUUGGGAGGCUGAGUUUCAGCUAUAGCAAGCGUGAGAGUUAUUGUUGAUUUGUUAUUUCCUUUAUGGCUUUGUUGUUUUAUAAGUUAGUUUUUCUCUUGCUAUGUAAAUUUGACCAGUACCCUGUCUUUGGAGGAGUGGAGUUUUCUAACUGUACACUGUAGGUGAGGUUGUCAAAAGUAUUUAAAUAAAGUUGAUACAUGAUCAACCAGUUAAAACUAUAUUUUCUGUAUUUUUAUUACCUCAGUUGAUUAAUUUUCUAACUGUUAUGAUUGUUGUUACCUAAAUCAAAAUGAAUAAACAUGACCUGCUGUCCUCAGGCGUCAUCCUCAGACCAAACAUCACAUUUUUGCCCUGCUUGCAGUCAGGAACUAAGAAGAGUCUUUUAUCCACACAAGAAUUUUAUAUCUGCUGUGUAACGAGUAUCACAGCCUCACAUUGAUACUAGUGAGGCUAUAAACGUCUAAUCUUGUUAUUGUUACAGUCGUAGCUGAUGUUGACAGCAGAAGCAGCUUAAGUUGUAAAAGCUACUAUUUCUGUCAUCAUAGCAAACUAAAAUAAAAAUCCUUUUGUUUGAA